CAAAUCCGUAUAAAAACCUCCAACGUUGCACAUAUUAUCAUCACGGCAUUACCUCUCUUCCUUGUUUUAUUCUGUUCCUUCCCUUCUUCUCUGUUGAGUUUUUGAACCCAAAUAAACUCUAGCCACAACUGGCAUAGCUAGGCUACUCAAAGAUGCCUAGCAAGGAGGUUUCACCAUUAGGAGAAAUAAAAGCUCCUUUGUUGGAAGUUCACCCUUUACCAGAUGCAGCAGAACAAGAACAAGACCUCAAAAGAAAGAUUUGGGUUGAAUCCAAGAAGCUAUGGCACAUAGCAGGCCCUGCAAUCUUUAGCCGUAUAGCAUCGUAUUCCAUGUUAGUGAUCACCCAAGCCUUUGCAGGCCACCUAGGUGACCUUGAACUCGCAGCUAUCUCCAUCGCCAAUAAUGUUGUCGUCGGCUUCGACUUUGGCCUCUUGUUGGGCAUGGCAAGUGCGUUGGAAACACUAUGCGGGCAAGCUUAUGGGGCCAAAAAGUACUACAUGUUAGGCGUGUACAUGCAGCGUUCUUGGAUUGUUCUUUUCAUUUGUUGCAUCUUCCUUUUGCCUAUCUACCUGUUUGCCUCGCCGGUUUUGAAGUUGUUGGGGCAGCCUGAUGAUCUGGCAGAGCUUUCCGGUGUGGCAUCAAUGUGGAUGAUACCGCUGCACUUCUCCUUCGCGUUCCAGUUUCCUCUCCAGAGGUUCUUGCAGAGCCAGCUUAAAACCGCUGCAAUUGCCUGGGCAUCUCUAGUGGCGCUUUUGGUGCACGUGUUUAUCAGUUGGUUAUUUGUUUUCAAGCUUCAGUUUGGUUUGAUUGGCAUUGCUGCUACCAUUAACUUCUCUUGGUGGAUCCUCACGUUGGGCCUUUUGGGUUACACUGUUUGUGGCGGUUGCCCUCACACGUGGCCUGGUUUGUCCAUGGAAGCUUUUUCUGGUCUUUGGGAGUUUGUUAAACUUUCUGCUGCUUCUGGAGUCAUGCUCUGUGUGGAGAAUUGGUAUUAUAGAGUUCUGAUAUUGAUGACUGGAAAUCUUAAGAAUGCUGAGAUUGCCGUGGAUGCUCUGUCCAUAUGCAUGUCAAUAAAUGGCUUGGAAAUGAUGAUUCCUCUGGCGUUUUUUGCUGCAACAGGAGUGAGGGUUGCAAACGAGCUGGGAGCUGGGAAUGGUAAAGGAGCCAAGUUUGCUACUAAAGUAUCUGUGGUCACUUCUUCAAUAAUAGGACUCUUCUUUUGGAUGUUGAUUUUGAUAUUUCACGAUAAAAUCGGCUACAUAUUCUCUACAAGCAAACCCGUCCUUGAUGAAGUAAACAAUCUUUCUCUUCUGUUAGCCUUCACAAUACUACUUAACAGUAUUCAGCCAGUUCUCUCAGGAGUGGCUGUGGGAUCAGGGUGGCAAUCAUAUGUUGCAUACAUAAAUUUGGGUUGCUACUAUCUUGUUGGGGUGCCUCUUGGAUUUAUAAUGGGCUGGGUAUUCAAUCAAGGAGUUAUGGGAAUUUGGGCGGGGAUGAUUUUUGGUGGAACAGCACUUCAGACAUUGAUAUUAGGCGUGAUUACCAUUCGAUGCGAUUGGGAUGGAGAGGCAGAGAAAGCAAAAUUGCAUUUGACAAAGUGGUCAGAUUCAAAACGAGAACUGAACUAGUGCUUCUUUAGAGAGGGACCGGUCUUCGUAGCCUAAAUGCCAAAGGAAUUAAUUGGCAUAAUUAUAUCAUGACAUUAGAAAUAGUUAUUUCUUUGCUAUUAUAAUUUUUUUUGAACGUUCUUUGCCAUUAUAAUUGGUCACAGAAGCAGUCGUUACCAUUUAAGUUUAUAGUUCUUCAAAGUUCAAACAGUAAGCGUAACCUUAUUUUCAUAUUUUAAAUUUAAAAGGACCGUGCGUGUAAAUACUAAAAAUAUGUGUGUAAAAAACAAUUCUUUUUGUGGAUGGACAUAAUUUUAUUUA